AUCACGCAUGCGCGGUACGCGUUCCUGGGAAGCACUGCCCUUGGAGCCCUGGCCUUUUGCGCCAUUUUCAGCCAUUUUCAUUUCAUUUUUAUUCCUCUGCGUUUCCCUGCAUCCGCAUUCGAGCGCCGUUCUACUGCUACUAACGGCCCGGGUCCCGAACGGUAGGGAGCGGGGGAAGGGUAAAAAAUGGCGCCGCUGCUGCAGCAUAAAAGGUAACAUGGCUCUGGUAUCAGCUGAUUCCCGCAUUGCUGAACUCCUGGGGGAGUUACAUCAGCUUAUCAAGCAAACACAGGAAGAACGAUCGAGGAGUGAACACAACUUGGUGAACAUCCAGAAAACACAUGAGAGGAUGCAGACAGAAAAUAAAAUCUCUCCAUAUUAUCGGACCAAGUUGCGUGGUCUCUACACAACAGCCAAGGCUGAUGCAGAGGCUGAAUGCAAUAUCCUACGUAAGGACUUGGAUAAAAUUGCUGAGAUAAAGUCUCUUCUGGAAGAACGUCGUAUUGCUGCCAAGAUCGCUGGCCUUUACAAUGACUCAGAGCCACCACGCAAAACCAUGCGCAGGGGUGUGUUGAUGACGCUUCUCCAGCAGUCAGCCAUGACGCUUCCCUUGUGGAUUGGGAAACCUGGAGAAAAGCCUCCCCCACUCUGUGGUGCCAUUCCUGCCUCUAGCGAUUAUGUGGCCAAACCAGGGGACAAAGUGGCAGCUCGUGUCAAGGCAGUUGAUGGGGAUGAGCAGUGGAUCUUGGCUGAAGCUGUGAGCUACAACCAUGCCACCAACAAGUAUGAAGUGGAUGACAUUGAUGAAGAGGGGAAAGAACGCCAUACUCUGAGCCGACGUCGCAUCAUUCCCCUGCCCCAGUGGAAAGCCAACCCUGAAACAGAUCCUGAGGCCCUUUUCCAGAAAGACCAGCUGGUCCUGGCCUUAUACCCACAGACUACCUGCUUCUACAGAGCACUUAUCCACACUCCACCACAGCGGCCCCAGGAUGAUUACUCAGUGCUGUUUGAGGACACCAGCUAUGCAGAUGGUUACUCUCCACCUCUCAAUGUGGCUCAGCGCUAUGUAGUGGCUUGCAAGGAAACCAAAAAGAAGUGACAAUGCCCUCUAGUGAAUGAUGGUGUGAGGUGUCAGAGAACUAGAUCUGCCAAAUGGACUUCUGCUAUGGCAAAUUUAAUAAAGCCUACAAGGUCAUUAGUGCCAGCAUCUUGGAGCUUAACCCUGCAAAAGGUUUUGGGGAGAAUAAAAGGAGUGAGCAAGAAAGAAGAGAAAUAUGUAUGUUGUCCUGGAUAGAAAUGUAAUGAAUGAAACCAUGGUUUUGUAAGCCUGUUGUUAUUACAACUGGGUUUUGCGGUCUCCUAGAUUCAGAGCUCAGGACAGUGGGAUUGUUUGAUUUGUUACACAGCAAUGACAUCAUGCCUGCAACUUUGUUUUAUUUGUUACAUAGCAACAACAACAUGCCUGCAGUUUGUAUUAGGAUGCAAUCUUUUUCUCUCGCUGUACCCCACAUCCCUUCGUCCAUUGCUCAGUUCCUUCACAGAGUAUCUCCCUUCCCUAUUAGCUUAGUACCUUUAUUAAUCUGCCUCAAGUUGCAAAAUAUUGUGCAGGUUCUCAUGAACUGUUCAUCAGACAAGAUUUCAGGUGUCUCAAACCAUUUCAGUUCCUGAUACAGCCUGAUUUGAAUGGGAUAUCUCCCAUUUUCCAUCUUAAUAUUGUAACCAGAUGCAAGCUUCAACCUUGAAUUUGUCAGCAGUCUUAUCAGAUGAAGAGCUUCAGAUACCAUUUUGUGGCCUUUGAAUGGGCCUAAGAAAAAUGUUGCACUAACAUGGAUUUUAGCAUUUUCUUUUGGGAGUAAAAACACCCAGUGUGGCUACCUUUUGCUUUUUGUCCUUCCUCAUUGAGUAACUCAGAUCCUAUGUGCCAAUGAACUUUAUCCAGUGGCUUUUAAUCUUGUUAAAAGUCCAUGAAACGUCUUACAGAGUUUACUGAUUAACAAUGUUAACUGCCUGGUCACAUUGAUAAAACCAUUGCCAAAAUUUAGGCCAGAUCUUGAUAACAGGUGUGAGGGCAGCAGACUGUCUUGUAAUGGGCGUUUAACCUGCCUGUCUUAGAUUUGGACAAAGCAUUUGAGGAUAUUUUAGUGUGUUUUCUUACUAUUAUUGAUCCUGUGAUCUGAUCUACUGUGUUCCACUAAAUGAUUGUGAGUGUUACACUCCUCCUCUGCCUACUCAUAACCUAGGUUUCACCCAGGCCCAUCAGUACUCAAAGUCAUUGCCUCAAGAAGACAAACUCGCCCUGCCUUCAUUUACCAGUAGAGUAUUUUUUUUAAAUCAUGUUGGUAAUUCCAUGCAAUGGUGGGGCUUCUGGUGAGCCAGAUUCUAACUUUCUGUGAUCUGUGAUAUUGGCUAUUGAGGGCAUCUCAGAAUCUGUCACACUCAGAUUGAUCUGGUUGUGUGGCAGUUCUAGAAUGCUGCUGCCCAAAAGUGUUUUUGGCAACUGGUUCAGGAUUCCGAAAAUGUCCAGUAUGAAUAAACAAGACCAGAUAUUUUCAGAAUACUGCAUGCAUAGCUAAAUUCUGCUUUUGCACAAUACUGCUGUAGAAUGGCCUGCACAUUCACAAUCCUGGGAAUGGCAGACACAGAAAUAACCUCAGUAGCCAGCAGCUCUGUGUAUACUUGCUAGUUAUUAAGACUGAAAAGGAAAAACACCUAGUGAAAAUAUCUGGUGAAAUGUCAAAAACCAUGAGGGGUUGAAGGAUGUUUAUAGUUUAUAGAGUGUAGCUCUUCGGUUCUCUUUUCAUGAGUAACAGAAGUCAUUGUACAAACUUAUAAGAGACCAGCCCACUAGGUACUGAAGUUGCGUUAAGCAAAAUGGCCUUUUCAGUUGCAAAAAAUAAGAUGAGGGCAAAUUUGGAGCCACCAUGGUGCAGUGGUUUGAUUGUUGGCCUAGAACUCCAGGAGAUCAGAGUUCAAAUCCCUGCUCAGCCAUGGAAACUCAGUAGGUAACCUUCACAAAUUAUACCUUCAGCCUCAGAGGAAGGCAGUGGCAAACUCACUGAACAAAUCUUGCUAAGAAAACACAAUAAUAAAAAUUAUGGCCUUAGGGUCACCAUAAGUCAGAAGCGACUUGAAGGUACACGACAACACAACACAAAAUUCACAAUUUUCUCUUAUGGAGUGGGCAAACAGCAUUAAUUGCAGAAGCAUAGGUUCUUUUCACAACGCAUCACCAUUUUUGUGUUGUUGCUGCAUGUCUUUUGUUUUGUAUUUAGUUAGUGCCACUAACAGCAACAGCACAGCUGUGUGAGUGAUCUUGCUGCCAUUUUGUAGAGUAGAAUGGAAGAAAUAUUUGUGUAUUCCUGCAUGGCAGGGAUUUGGACUGGAUGGCCCUUGAGGUCUCUUCCAACUCUAUGAUUCUGUGAUUCUAUGCCAUCUUUUUUACUGAGAGAUGGGAAUGAAUUCUCAGUAUGUCUAAAAGUCUUUUCUGGGAAGUUUUGGCUCAGCUAUACUUGGGACAGCAGCAACAACGUGGACAUAGCCUUAGCAGGUUGUAUGCUUGUUUUUCACUAAGUGAACCAAAGCCCAUUUUGGGCUGGACGGGUCCUGUUUUUUGUCGCCUCUCAGUGACUAACAGCUCAAGACUAUGGUCUGUGGAGGAAGACAAAAUGGUACCACCCAAUGCACAUGCAGGUGUUGAUGACUAGAAGUUGAAAAAUUCUCAGUAUUGGGAAGCUGAGGGACAGCUUCCAUAGCACCUGAGUCACCAGCCUACUGGUAGUUUAAGAGGCUGAGGAAAGUUGUAUGCAGUGAUGUAGACUCAAGUCAACUGGCUUGGAUUCAACUCAGAAGUUGUAUAUUUUUAGCAAACGACUUACUGGCCUAACCAUCUAGAAAUGUUACAGUCACAUAACGGAAGUGGUACUUUAUGUUUAUGCACAGGAAUCCCUUGCUUUCUGUAGACCCCCACCUCAAGCCCACUGCCUAAUGUGUUUGCUGUUUCCCUUUGAGAAACGUGCCCUUUACUAUGGGGAGUAAAUCUUGCCUGCUGCUCCAAGGAAAAGCUUUAGAAGGCUCCUCCAAUGUGCUAUGGGAACAGACUGCUGAGUAGUCCUCGUUUUUCUAAAGCCCAAUCUUAAUAAAUUGCCUAUAAUUUUUUUAAA